AUGAUGAAGCUUACCGAAGUGAUUCUUAUCGUAGGGAUAGUAUUGAUUGGCACUUGCUACUGUCCACGGUCUACAAUACCGCCGUUUUGCAAGAGUAAUGAAUUCAAGCUAGCGAUGACGAGAAUGAAAUUUGAUUUUGCGUUGAAUUUAUUGCGUCAUUCAUCGCCACCUGAUGAAACGUCUUUGUUGUCACCGUAUGCAAUCAUUCCCACGUUGUCGAUAUUACAUGACGGAGUUGCAAGUAAAAUCAAACGUCAGAUCAAAGAAAUGAUUGUCGGAUUAAGCGGAUUAACUCCACCGGCAUUAGACCGUUGUCAGCGUUAUGUCAUGGAUGAUUUUUUACGAAGUAUAUUGAACGGAAACCAAUAUUUGGAACGAUCAUCUAAAUUAUGGGUGCAGGAAAAUGUUACUCUUACAAAGGAUUUCACAAAUGCCUUAAUCAACAAACAUGGUGUUGAGAUAGGAAAAGCUUAUUUAUCACCGCAAAAUGUUACUUAUUUUGCACAGGAAGCAACUGCUUGGUUACGAUCAAACCCUAAUCAUGAAAUCAAAAAUACCAUUUUUAUUAAUUUUGGUUUUUCGAUGUUCUUCAUCAGUAAAUUGCAUUAUGAAAUAGAGUGGAAAUAUUACUUCCUGCCACUUAGUCAGCAGAUGCUCUUCACUGUUUCGUCAGAGAAAUCAAUCAGUGUACCAAUGAUGGGAAUGGGAGCAUAUUUCCCAUAUUAUGAAGAUGACAAUGUCCAAGUAGUUUCCUUGCCAUUCGAAAACGGGGAACUACAAAUGGCAAUUAUUCUUCCCAGAGAAAUACAUGGAAUACAAGAUUUUGAAAAGAAACUUACGGGAGAGCUACUAAUCAGUUAUAUUGAUGCACUUCGUACAUCCGUAGAAAUUAUGGUCUUGAUUCCAAAAUUCGCAACCAAAAAAUAUUUUGUUUUAUCAACUGCAUUGGAAAACAUGGGUUUGCAAUCAAUGUUCAACCGAUCCGCUGAUUUAUCUAGCAUUAGCAAACAUGAAUUAUGGAUAACAAACCAUGUUGUAAGCUUGGCUUCCCUAGAGAUCAAUGAAAGAGGGAUAACAAACAAAUCUUCAAUUUCUGGUGGAACGAUUGAUGAAUACGUUCAAAAUCAGCUAACAUUUGUAGCCCAUCAUCCAUUUAUAUAUGUAAUUUUUGACAAUCAAAAAAAUAUUCAAUGGAUCGGUCGAUACACUGCAAAGAAAGCAAAAUCCAAACAAUUGGAUGAAGAAACGAGUGAAGAAUCAGAUGAUGAUUAUAUGACGGCUGAAUCAGAUGAUGAUGCGACGCUUGAAGUAGAUGAUGCGACUCUUGAAGUAGAUGAUGCGACGCUUGAAGCAAAUGAUGCGACGCUUGGACCAUUUGAUGAAGAUCUCUGCAAUAUUGAUUUCGAUAACGAUUUCUGCGCUUCUGCGCUUUUCAAUAGUGCAGAGCUUCCAAAUUUACCAAAUCUGGGUGAUAUUCAGGACUUCAUGUAA